CCGGAUAUGACGCCACGGCUUGUGAGUGUUGAUUUUCCCUCCGUUGGCGCUUUAAGGCGUUUAAUCCGCUUUAUUACGUUAUUUUAUGCACUGUUUGCUGAGUUCAUCAUCAGCUGAGAGCCAGAAUGCCUGAGAUUAGACUCAAACACGUCGUGUCCUGCAGCAGCGAGGAUUCUACUCACAAGGCGGACAACCUGCUGAGCUCCGACACCUACAGGAAAUGGAAAGCUGCGAGACCAGGAGAGAAGCAGACCUCAGUUAUUUUACAGUUUGACAAAGAGGAGCAGGUCCACAGUAUAGACAUCGGAAAUGAAGGAUCUGCCUUCGUCGAGGUUCUGGUUGGACACUCGACGUCCGUCAAAGACCAGGAUUUUGAGGUGCUGUUGGUGACGUCAUCGUUCAUGUCCCCCACCGAGAGUCGAGGAGGAACCAACAUGAACCGAGUUCGCUUCUUCGGCCCCCAGCAGCUGGUGAAGGCCACGGCUCAGGAGAAAUGGGACCGGGUGAAGAUUGUCUGCAGUCAGCCAUACAGCAAGACCAUAGCGUAUGGAAUAGCCUUUAUAAAGUUCCACUCCCCGCCAGAUAACAGCGAAGCUCCUGCUGCCACUCCACCUAAACUGACUAAACUGGGUCAGUUCCGAGUAAAAGACGAGUCUCCGUCCUCUGGACCCAGCCUCCAGCCUGGCAGCCUCUUCUUCAGCAGAGACGCCACGACUAAAAGCAGUCCAGGGCUGAAGGUUUCUCCUCAGAAUGCCAAACUGAGCUACGCAGCAGCUGCGCUCCAGUCAGAGUCCUCCACCCCGACCCCGCCAACCACCAGCUCACCACAGGCUCCCGUUAAGAGGAAGUUUGAGUUCAGUAAAGAACGACAAGACGCUCCGGCUCCUCCAGCCAAGAAGCCGAGCCCAGCGGGUUCUCCACAGGCCGGCUCAGGAACACCCAGAACCAAACCCAGCACCGCACACACGCCCAGCCCCAGUACGGCCAGGGGGAAAACAGCCUCUUCUGACCAGAAGACUCCAGAGAAGAAGCCGGAGAGUAAACCCAAACCCAAAGCCCGGCCAAAACCUGCAGAGACGGUUCCAUUUAACAAGAUCUUGGAGGGGGUGGUGUUCGUGCUGAGUGGGUUCCAGAACCCGUUCCGUGGGGAGCUGAGGGAGAAGGCGCUGGCCAUGGGGGCGAAAUACCGGCCCGACUGGACCCCCGACUCCACACACCUCAUCUGUGCGUUUGCUAACACCCCUAAAUACGGGCAGGUGAAGGCGGCGGGGGGGCUGAUCGUGCGGAAGGAGUGGGUGCUGGACUGUCACAAGAGGAAACAGAAAAUCUCCUACAAGAGAUAUCUGAUGGACGGAGCCGAGUCCAGCUCGGAGGAGAGCUCCCCGGAGGACGACGACAGAAGCGAUGAGGAGAAGAAAAAAACUCCAGAGAAGAGGCAGAUCACCCCAAAGAAGACUCCAGAGAAGAAGGCAGCGAGUGUGGAGGAUGAACACGGAGGAUCGACGGAUGAUCGAGAUAAUGAAGAUGAAGAUGAGUCAGGCAUGGACACUGAGGAUGAGCUCAGGAGGGUGGAGAUGCAGAAGAAGAAAAGAGGAGAGGACGCAGGAGUGAGACGGAGCGGAGGAGGAGGAGCGGAGGAAAGGCAGACCAAGGGGUCAGGAGAGAAGGAGGACGACCUGUACGGAGGAUCUACAGACGAGAACACGGACGCCGAGGAGGAGGAGGAUAAACCCAUCCCAGAACUGCCAGACUUCCUGACAGGGAAGCGGUUUUAUCUGUAUGGGAAGUUUCCAGAGAAUCAGAGACGUCUGCUCCAGCGCUACAUCAUCGCCUUCAACGGAGCUGUGGAGGACUACAUGGGUGAGAACGUUCAGUUUGUCAUCACCAGUCAGGGGUGGGACGACUCUUUUGAGGAUGCUCUGAUGGAGAACGGUAAUCUGAGCUUUGUGAAGCCAUCGUGGAUUUUUGCGAUUAAUGACCGGCAGAAGAUGCUGCCGUAUCAGCCGUACACUGUGGUUCCCUAACUACAGCUGAACUACAGCCAAAGACUUUUCAUACAGUUUUCUGGCCUUACGGUGGACCCCCGGGGGUCUUCUCCCUUCAGGGGGUUGAGCUGCUGCCCCCCGCAGUGUGGGUGUUACUGUCAGAGUGAUAUUCUCCUCCUUUUCCUGUUGUUCUUUUAUGUCUCUCUCUCUCUCUCUCUCUCUCUCUCUCUCUCUCUCUCCCUCACUCUGUCGGUGUGUGUUAGGUAUGUUAGCGUUGGUGUGCUGGAGCGUUAGUGAGGCUGAAGCUGCAUCGUUAGAAUCAGAGCUCAUCUCGGCCGUUUCCUCAGGAUAUUUCAUCAUUAAUGCGUCCGUAUGAGUUCAGCGGUCCAGCCGAGGUCCUUCCUUUUAACUAAGGGCCGAAGCUAAAUGCGAAAGAAAAACAUUUCUGUUUAUUCUGGAUCUGAUUUAAAGGGAUAGUUCAGAGUUUUUCAGCCUGAUCUCUGCCUGCUGUGUCUGCAGCGAACGCUCCAUCCCUACAGACGAUAAUCUCAGCACGUUUCCCAGAAGUUAGAAAACCGCUGACUCAGAACCCUUUCAGCACCUGCCCGUUGACGUCUGUUCUGAGCGUUUACUGACUCGGCAGUUUACUCUUCGUGAAAAUUGUCUGUGCUGCUACAGAGAGAGCAGAGAGAAAUUAGCUGGACUGUCCCUUUAAUCCCUUCAGAGAUAAUUCAGUGGUGUAGGCUGUUUUCCUUUUUUUCUUUUUUUAAUGAUUAAAUUGUAGAUUUGGAUCUGAACAUGUUUUGUUUUCUAUCAUAUUGCAGUAUUGUUAUGACUGUCCUGCGGUGUGUUAUGUUUUUAUGUGCCGUUGAGGCUUUUGUAUUCGGUCUGUUAUUUAGAUGUUGAUUAAAAUGGAGGCCUUUUAGAUCGUA